AUAAACGACAUAGAUCUAGCUAUUUAGCCUAACACAUGUGUUACUGAAAACUGAAAUAUUUUGUAAAUCUACUACCGCACAGUUCUAAAUUAUAGAUCUAGAUCUCUAGAUCUCUAUCUAGAUCAAGAUCCAAAUUAUAAUUAUAUUUAAAAAUGGUUAAAAUAACCAAAAAAAGUAAGCGUCAGUCCACCAAACACAGAGUUAAGGUUGAAAGAAAGGUUAGAGAACAUAAAAGAAAAUUAAGGAAAGAGGAGAAGCUAAAUCCGAAGAAGGGCAAGAGAAAGGAUCCUGGUAUUCCAAAUAUUUUGCCAUUUAGGGAAGAAGUUUUAAAAGAAGCCCAAGCUUAUAAACACAAGCUAGAGCUAGAGAAAGAAAAGAAAAAAGUUGCACGGAAGAAGGCUAGAGAGAAGCUCCAAAACCAGAACAGAAAUCUUGGUGACAUAGUAAAAGAUGCUGAGAAACGCCAAGCAGCGUAUGACAGAAAGAAUCAUGAUGGUGGAAAUCACGAAGAACUUACUAGUGCUAACAAGGUUAUUGAAAAUUCCAGAAAAACUUUCUACAAAGAGUUUAAAAAGGUCAUUGAUGCAGCUGAUGUGAUUCUGGAAGUGCUGGAUGCCAGGGAUCCACUUGGGAGUAGAUGUCUUGAGGUAGAAGAGGCAGUCAGAUCAGCACCGGGAAAUAAAAGGCUUGUUUUAGUUUUAAACAAGAUUGAUCUUGUCCCAAAAGAAAUAGUAGAGGCGUGGCUCAAACACCUCAGGAAAGAAUUACCAGCUAUUGCCUUCAAAGCUUCAACUCAACAACAGAGAGAUCGUCUGACCCAGACAAAAGUUGACUAUACUUUGGCUAGUGAUGAUCUCCUCAAGUCUAGUAACUGUCUCGGUGCUGAUGUUUUAAUGAAAUUGUUGCGCAACUACUGCCGCAGUACAGAGAUUGCAAUAAAUGUUGGAGUUGUUGGUUUUCCAAACACUGGUAAAAGCAGCAUAAUUAACAGCUUAAAAAGAGCAAAAGCAUGUGAAGUUGGAGCUAUUCCUGGUAUUACUAGAACCAUGCAAACAGUUCACCUGGACAAGCACAUAAAGUUGUUAGAUAGUCCUGGUGUUGUCAUGGUCAACAGUCCUUCAGAUGUUGCCGCAGUCUUAAGAAAUGUUGUCAAGCUUGAGUCUCUAGACGAUCCUAUUCCAUGUGUAGAAGCAAUUUUAUCUAGGUGUCAAAAGAUACAGAUGAAGUUACACUACAAUAUUCCAGACUACAGUGAUGCCAAUGAGUUUCUCACUUUGUUAGCUAAAAGAAUGGGAAAACUUAAGAAGGGUGGAAUCCCAGAUGUCAACAGAGCAGCUAGGGGAAUGCUGCAAGACUGGAACAGUGGGAAGAUCACCUACUACACAGCUCCACCUGAACAGAUGGAUGAGGGUGCUAGUCACAUUGAAGCAAAAAUUGUCACGGAGUGGGGCAAGGAGUUUAACAUAGAUGAUUUGGUUGUGGAGGAGACUAAGAUGUUGGCAGCUCUUCACCAAAAGAAUGAACAAGCCAUGUUGGUAUCAUCAGUUGGUCCACUCAAAGUUGUCAUGGACGAAAAAGAUUUAGAGGAGGCAAAUAAUAAUGAAAUGGAAGAUUUGGAUAAGGAAGAUGAUGAAGAGGAUGAUAUUGAAGAUAUGGAAGAGGAUGAAAAGGAACAUCAAGAAUUAAAAGGAGUAACGAUAUCAGCUGGCAAGCAAAAAGAAACCAAGAAAACACAACCCUUGGGCAAACACAAGCCUCUAAGCACAACUGGUGUCAAACCUAGAGGACCUCCUAAAAAGUUAGAACUAGAGAAAUUUGGUGGUCUAACUACCAAAAAGGGUAAAAAGUUGGCAGAAAAGAAGGAAAAAAAGCGAAGAAAGCGAGCGGAUGCAGUGGCUGGGAAGUUGUCAAAUGCUCUAGAGUCAGCGCUAGAAGGACUUGGUGCUCCAGAAUAUAGCUUUGAUCAAGAUUUUUCUUAGGCUACAUUAAAACAAAAUAAAUACCAAAGUUUUGUUGAAUUAAUUAU